AUGGUGAUUCAGGCAGAUAUUCCACCCGAUCUUACCGAUGAAGACAAAGCUUUGGCAUAUACACUGGAAUUCUUGCUGUUACGCUAUGGAGUAUAUUUGGUCAUUACAUGCUCCACAUUCAUCAAAAACAGGCAAAGUUUUUGGACUGUAUACCGGAAGAUUAACAGUGUGAACCAAGCAGCCUAUUUGGAGACAGGUAUUACAGCCUCGAUUUGGUGCUGUUGGACUGUCUGGGGAUGGCGCUGGCUUAUUGUUUUACUUCCAAUCCUUUCCCUAAUUUCUGCAACUGUGUCGAAAAUCAUUGAGAUAUAUCAUAAUUACUCCAGUGUAUUGAACUCAAUAUCCCUGACGCUUUACCUGUCCUUCAUCCUGACAACGACGCUAUGGUGCACCGUGUUCAUCAUUUUCCGCAUUUUGACUGUUACCGGGGUUAGACAUGGAGCAGGCGGUCGACUGAGAGUUUAUUACCGUUUUAUUGGAGUGCUGGUGGAAUCCUCUGCUCUCCAUUCGAUAGCUCGGGUCCUAUUCUUGGCUUUCUACAUUCACAAUGAUUUUGGACCAUAUUACCUUGAUCCUGUAGCUAGCAUUGCAAAGGGAGUUGCACCCACCCUCCUUGUUGGCAGAGCAGCGGCAGGACACACACGCCCAACCGAAGAGCAUGACGAAAGUGCGACGGUGUCGACUCUUCGUUUCCAAAUGGCUUCGCAAUCAUCUCAACCUUCGCGACCUUCCACGGCAAGCUUUCAACAAUCCACCGUGCAGAGCGCAGUCCUUGAAAUGGACAUCGAAGCUCAACAGGAGCGGUCAGAUGAGCUCGUGGUAGUGGAUGAAAGGUCGCAAUAGAGCUCACACCUGAAAGUCGGGUUGAAACUGGAGACUAAAUUUAGACUGUAAUUUUCUUGCUUGCUAUCCUUUUUUUACUAUCAUACUACUCUCUACUUUAUUUUUUGAUCAACUAUAGUAUCUAAACUUCCGUAAUCUCUCCUCGCUUCAGUGGAUCUUCAUGUAUGAGCUUGUAGGACAGUCCUAAGGAACGAUAAUAUUCCUACGCAUUCAUAAGUACAGGAAUUCCAGAGAACGUACACAUACCCUAGGCCGCAUUGUGUUCUCCAUCGUCGCCUGCCAGUUUAGACUUAUUUUGCCGUGUGUCACGAUGGAGGACAGCUCACUUUGAGGAAGCGUCAGAUUUUGCGUAGCAUCGUAGGGGAAGUAUAGUUAAGCUAUAAAAGAUGGUUGCGCUUAGCUGAACGUGCUGCCUCUGCGUAAUGCGCGAUCAGUGCAAGUGGCUGUGGUACAAAGAAAAGAGAUGUCGG